UCCACAACCACACCUUCGCAGCCCUACCGGACGACCACACCCACACCCUCGCGGCCCCAGCGAACGACCACACCAACAUCCUCGCGGCCCCACCGGACGACCACACCCACACCGUACCCUCGCGGCCCCACCGGACGACCACAUCGGAGACCACACCCUCGUCGACCUCCUCAUCCUCGGGUAUGAGGAUCUGUGCUCUUUUAUAUUUUACAUUAUAUAUUAUAUAUAUGAAAGAGUUUCUUAUGACCGAUAUUGAAUUCUUGUUGCUAUGUAGGAAUUCUAUUGUAUGAGAUGCUUUAUGGAUAUACGCCAUUCAGGGGGAAAAUGAGGCAGAAGACCUUUGCAAACAUUCUUCACAAGGAUUUAAUGUUUCCAAGAAGUACAGAGGUUAGUCUCCAAGGGAAGCAGUUAAUGCAUCGAUUGCUACACAGAGAUCCCAAAAACAGACUAGGAUCACGAGAAGGUGCUAACGAAGUUAAGCAGCAUCCCUUCUUCCGUGGUAUCAAUUGGGCUCUUGUUCGUUGCAUGAGCCCUCCCGCGAUCGACGCUCCCAUUUCCGAGGAGAAAGAAACGAGUGUAGAUCCUGGACUAGAUGAUUUGCAAACGCUCCCAUUAUCGAUUUUGGGGUUCUGGGCAGUGUGGUGA